CAGUCGCAUGUGCUGUUUACGUACUCGCAAUCAGUUGGACGAUUUUGUUAGGCUGUCAAGCUCAGUAGACGAGACGCUAUGUCGGAAUUGCUAUCUCGGUUGGACAGCCACGUGGCAGGCCUGCAAGAAAUCAUCAACGCCACGCGAGAAACGGCGUGCGAUCUGUCGGUGCAGCUGCAGACAUUAACGACCAAGAAUAAGAAGCUCAAGGUCGAAAAAGCUCAGCUCGAGCAAGAAAUCGCUCACUGCAAACAGGAAAACUGUCGCUUUAGGCACCAGUUAGAGGAGCGGGAUGUGCGGAUUGCAGAGCUAGAAGCGGCGGUUUUAAGAGCGACUAGUUUAAGGGCGACUGCCUUACGAGCGAUUACCUCACCCGUUGGACACAGUAGCACCCGCCCUAACGCGCUGGCGACGACAGCACCCUCACCUGUUCCGGGAAAGCCGGCGUUAGUUAAUGGGGUAGCGUCAGCUGUGACCUGUGGAAGGGACUUGGUUCUGAUCGAUGGGGGAGGGUCAACG